AUGAAGAAGAUUUUUGACCUCAGGAGUAAGAAGGGCAAGUCGCCCUUAGGCUCCUUCACCAUCCCGGGGAGAGACAGAGGUCAUCAUAGAACCAGCUUCCAGCCUGGGUACCACAUCCAAGACAGGGACCUCGGAAAGAUCCACAAAGCUGCCAGUGUAGGCAACGUAGCCAAAGUGCAGCAGAUUCUGCUGCUCGGAAAGAAUGGCCUGGAAGACAAGGACAAGAUGAACAGGACUGCGCUCCACUUGGCCUGUGCCUAUGGCCAUUCAGCCGUGGUCGCUCUCCUCCUGGAGAGAAAAUGCCUGCUUAACCUCUGUGACAGCGAAAACAAGACCGCGCUGAUGAAGGCCGUAGAAAGUCAAGAAGAGGAGUGUGCGACUCUUCUGCUGGAGCAUGGUGCCGACCCCAAUGUCAUGGAUAUCAAUGGCAACACCGCUCUCCACUAUGCUGUCUUUUGCCAGAAUAUAUCACUCGCAGCAAAGCUGCUUUCCUAUAACGCCAAUAUAGAAGCCAGAAACAAGGAUGACCUCACACCACUCUUACUUGGCAUAAGUGAAAGGAAACAGCAAAUAGUGGAAUUUUUAAUAAGGAAAGAAGCAAACAUACAUGCGGUUGAUAAGAUGAAAAGCAUUUGUGAACUGAUCUCUGAAUAUAAAGAAAAGAGGCCUAAAACUCCUCCCGAAAAGAGCAACUCAGUGGAUAAGAGUUCUGAAGAAGACUCUUUAAGCAGGUUUUCCAGCAAACCUGGUGUUGAUUCACAGUUUGCAUCAGAUGAUGAAGUCUUAGAUUUUGAAACCAAGCCUGCCCCGAAACUAAACUUACAAAAGCUAAUGAAGGCUUUUCAGCAAUCCAAGAGAAAAGAAGCAGAAUGUGGCAUUGUGAGACAAGAGAGUACCACCUUCUCUGAGAACAAUAAUUCUGAUAGUGAAAUUGAAGAUGUGGUUGAAACCUUUCCCAAACCAUCACCUGGAGUCCAGGGCUUCUCUCAUCCUGCCUUCCCAAGGCCUGAUCCUCUUCUAAAACCACUCAAGACUCUAGCAGGCCUUGGUCUUGCAAAGGAAGGAGCCACAAAGCCAGAACUUGUUGAAAAAGAAAGUGAUGCUGAUAUCAUUGAAAGGGCUCCCGAAGGGCAAGCAAAUCAUGACCAUUUGACUUCUGUUGAUAGAGCACGUGAAAAUGAUAGAAGUGGCAUGAUGUCAGCCCUAGGACUGGGAGAAGAGAAAGAUAUAGAAUCACCCUGGGAUUCUGAGAGUAUCUCUGAGAGCAUUCCACUGAAGUUUGUGGAUCAUUUAUUUGGAGAUCAAAGAGGAAAAAAUACAUUAAAUGGACAAGUACAAGGUGUGUCUUAUAUGCCUUCUUGCGUGAGUGGAUCGGGAAAUUUUAAGAUGGCUAAAUUAGAGGAGCCAAGACAUGCAGGCAUACCAGUAGCCCACAUGGAGUCGCCUGAGAAAUGUCCUAAUGUGAAGCCCGCAGUCGGAGUGAAAGAUUCUGUUCCUAAUAAAACAGUCGGAAUGAAGGAUCCACAAACAUCUAGUUCAGAUUUGUCAGAACUAGACUUGGAAGUGAUAUUGGAGGAAGAACAAGAAAAACCUGAUGGAGAUGAAAAUAACCGUUUACAGGUUGAAGGAGAAAAGAAGCACAGAAGUAGUGAAGUAAAAGUAUCAGACAACGUAUGCAAUGCUGCUGCUGAGAGUCGAUUGAUUCAGCAGAGAAAGAGUGGAGGAAAUAACAAGCAGGCGUUUUCUGCUAUGGAGAGUAAAGGUUCUGAUAGUAGUGAUCGUGGUGUGCCCAGGAAGGAAAUAGAGAAAAAGAACAAUGGCAAAUGGACGCAGGAAGAACGUGUGAUUGCACCAAUAUUUGAAAAGACCGACUCACUGACUGGUGGCCUGCUGCACGUGAAUGAUGACAGCAUUUUAAGGAAAGCGGAUCAAGAUGAUGGCAGGACUGCAAGGAAAACAGCAUAUGAAAAGAAGAAGGUCAAAGAACAAAUUAACUACAUGAAUGACCUUGAUGACUUAACUCAGUCAUCUGAAACUGCUUCCAAGGAUGGUGAUAUGCUUUACUCUAAAAAUUCCCCGUUGCCAUCUGGCAGGUGGCUGAGGGUCGUGGACCCCCUCCCCCUGUGCCUGUCAGCCCUCGUCCACCUGCUCCAUGAACAGCUCAGAGCUGGCUCCAGCGUUCCCAGCUGGGUUUCUGACAGUGGUAGAAAAGCAAAAUGUCAGUUGCGCAAAAACCUCAUGCAGGAUGAAAUUACCAGCCUAAGACUGGAAACAGACACAGUGAAAAAUCAGAACCAGGAACAAGAAAAGAAAUGUUUUGAGGAUAUUGACAUUGUAAAAGGAGAGAAUGAUUAUCCUCAAAAGACAAAAAAAUUGUACAAGGAAACGUUGACAAAGGCCAUAUUCCAGCAUACUGGUCAGCUUAAAGUUCCGAUAGCUGAAAAUACAAUGCUAAACCCUGAGCUGGAAAAUGCAAAACAAAGCAAACAAAGACUGGAAACAGAAGUGGAAUCCUACCGUUCUAGACUGGCUGCUGCCACACACGAUCAUGAUCAAGGUCAGACAUCACAAAGAGACCUGGAACUUGCCUCCCAGAAAGCAGAAGAUAAGAGGUUACGCUUGCAGGACCAAAUGGAGUUCAAUAUGGCUAAGCUGGAAAGUAACAAUCAGAUGCUUUCCCAGCAACUUUCUAAAAUGAAAAAUAAAUUCAAUCAGCUAAACAUAAAGCUGCAUCAGACGAGAGAUGAUCUCAGAGAAAAGACUUUGAUGUUAGAACGUGUCCAGAGAGACUUAGGCCAAACAGAGCGUCAAAGGGAGGAUAUUGAACACAUGUAUCAGAACGAACAAGGCAAAGUGAAUGAAUACCUUGGAAAGCAGGAAUCCUUAGAGGAGAGAUUAUCUCAACUCCAGAGUGAAAACAUGUUGCUCCGACAGCAACUGGACGAUGCACAAAACAGAGCCGGCAGUAAAGAGAAGAUGGUCAUUAGCAUCCAAGACCAGUUACAGCAGAUCAUGAGAAAACAUGCUGAACGUGAGAAACAAGUUCUGAUGCUGGAGGAAAGAAACAAGGAGUUGGUCAACAAAUGGAAUCAUGCAGAAGAGAGAAUGCAUCAGUAUGAAAAUGAGAAAGCAGAAAGAGAAGCAGUUGUGAAACACCUUCAACAAGAACUGUCUGACACCUUCAAAAAGCAGGCUGCGUUGGAGACAUCCCUGGACGUCACGUCAUGUCACCGUGCCAAGUUAGAAGUUGAGGCAUUGGAUUUAAAGAGCAACUUAUGUCAACUCACAAGUCAGUUGCAAGAAACAAAGGAUCAACAUACAAAGGCCGUGAGAUGUGCUGAAAAAACACAGGAUCACAUCCAAAAGCUUGAAAUUGAAAAUGCCGAGUUACAAACUACAGUCAAAAAGCAAGCGGGCAAAAUCGAACAGCUUCAGAAAAACCUGUUAAGUAUAAAAUCGAUUGAUGAUCUUCCAGCAGAGCUGGAAACUGUACGUUCAGAAUGUCUGCACAUGAAUGCAAAAAUUCAGGUUCUUCAAGAGGAGUUAUUAUCAAUGAAAGGAACACAAAAGAAAUGUGAAAAACUAGAGAAGAAUAAAAAGAAGUUGGAGCAAAAAGUAGUGAACCUCAGAAGUCAUAUAGAAAUGAAUAUGAUAGAAUACAGUCAAGUAGAGCAGUAUAAACAGGAGAUUGAAGAAAGAGUGAGGCAGGAUCUAAUAGAGAAAUUAAGAGAAAUCAACAUGUUUUUACAGAUACAAGCAGCAUCUCAAGAAAGCUUAAAGCAGUUACAAGAGAAUAAUAUUGCUUUGAAAAUAAGUCAGAUGGAACUCAGAAUUAAAGAGUUGGAAUCUGAACUCUCCAGGACGAAAACUUCUCAAGCAGAGUUGAAAAUAUACAGGAAACUCUACCUAGAAGAACUAAAAAUUAGAAAGUCAUUGGAAAAUAAGCUAGACACCACUGAUGGGAGGCUGGCAGAGAUAAGCACCAAACUUGAGGUGGAGAAACAGCAGGAAAGAUCUUUACUGAGCACUCUCACCACUAGGCCAGUCCUGGAGCCACCCUGGACUGAAAAUUUCAAUAAUACUUCAAUGUUCCUUAUGAAUCGUUCUCCAAAAGCAAACGUAGGAUUUUCUACCUCAGUUCCACGCCCUUCAAAUAACAGCAUGGUGACUUACUUAUUUCAGAUGCAGCAGGAAUUGGACAGGAGUAUAACCAGAGAACUAGAAGAAGCUGACGCUGAAUUUGCAUCUAAUUCCUUUAGAGUGUCUCCUUGAGGAUCUACAGAUGGGUCAAAUGUAUAUGAGGACCUACUAUUGAAAACAUCACAAGAAUAUGUACAGACUUUGAAGAAAAAAGAAAUGAUUUUAACAAUAAAUAGUAAAAGUUUCCCUACGGGACUGUUUACGUGA